AUUUUGAAUCUGGCAGCCCGGCAAUUUACUUGCAUGCAGUCUUUCUCUCAGAUAUUUUCCUGAAAACGUGACAAACAUGGCUCGUGGCCCUAAAAAGCAUUUGAAGCGCCUCAAUGCCCCAAAAGCAUGGAUGUUGGACAAAUUGGGGGGUGUAUUCGCCCCUCGUCCAUCCCAGGGACCCCACAAGUUGCGGGAGUCUCUGCCAUUGGUGAUCUUCCUGAGGAACCGACUAAAGUACGCCCUGACCAAAACCGAAGUCACCAAGAUCGUCAUGCAGCGCCUCAUCAAAGUGGACGGGAAGGUGCGCACAGACCCCAACUUCCCUGCUGGAUUCAUGGAUGUUGUGUCAAUUGAGAAGACCGGAGAGUUCUUCCGGUUGAUCUAUGACGUCAAGGGACGUUUCACCAUCCAUCGCAUCUCGGCCGAAGAGGCCAAGUACAAGCUCUGCAAGGUGCGCAAAGUGCAGGUUGGUCCCAAGAACAUUCCCUUCUUGGUCACUCACGACGGACGCACCAUUCGCUACCCAGAUCCCCUGAUCAAGGUCAACGACACCAUUCAGCUGGACAUUGCCACCUCCAAGAUCACCGAUCACAUUAAAUUCGAUUCAGGAAAUCUGUGCAUGAUCACUGGAGGACGCAAUUUGGGUCGUGUGGGAACUGUGGUGAAUCGCGAGAGACAUCCAGGAUCUUUUGACAUUGUCCACAUUAAGGAUAGUCAAGGUCAUAUGUUCGCCACGCGUCUUUCCAAUGUGUUUAUCAUUGGAAAGGGCGCCAAGACGUACAUCUCGCUGCCGAAGGGCAAGGGCGUGAAGCUGAGCAUCGCCGAGGAGCGCGACAAGAGGCUCGCGGCCAAGGCUGCCCACUAAACAUCCGCAAUUUCUGGUGAUCUCAUCACCUAAUCUCUGUGGAGGUCUUUUUGAAUAAAAGAAUUGAGGAGAAA